AUGUCGUACAUCAACACCACCAAUCUUAUUCCCAUUCCGCUAGAAAUAGACAAUAAUCACAAGGACUACUCUAUUGCUAUUGCAAUCAUCGUCCUUGGUAUUGUGGCAUCCCUGGUGGUGUUCGUUCGACUGGCCUACAGGUACUCAACAAAACGCCUUGGCAUCGAUGAUUAUGCGAUGAUUCCGGCAGUGAUGUUCUACAUAGCAUGGACAGCCAUGGCUGCAUAUUUCAAUCUACACUCUGGAAUCGGAAAGCCGAUAGAAGAGAUCACAUACGGAGAGUUCAUCAUAUUCUUCAAAGGUAUCUUUGUUGCUGCUUGGAUGUAUCCACUCAUGUCAGCAUCGAUAAGAGUAUCGAUUCUCCUAUUUUAUCGACGUAUCUUCGCGAAAGGGUACCUAUUCUACUCCUCAACCAUCUGGAUAUUGCUUGCUCUACAAGGCGCCUAUGUUAUUGCUUUUGAGAUCAUCCCUGGAUUCUCGUGCCAUCCAAUUGCCGACGCUUGGGAUCCGGUCAAUCGUAUCACAAACUGUUCCGACCUCUACAUCAACGCAACAGAAGCGCUGUACAGCACAAGCUUAGCUUUUGAUGUGAUCCUACUCAUAUUCCCCAUCUAUGCAAUCUCUAGACUUCAAAUGCCUCUCAAGAAACGCCUUGGGGUCUUUGUCAUUUUCAUCCUUGGUGCCGCUGCGGGCAUUGUAGCGGCCUACAAACUCAGAAUAUUCGUCUACGAGACGACUCAUUGGGAGCCAACUGACCCUAGCUGGUGGAACUUCGAAGCUGCUGCAUACAAUCUCCCUCAAUACAACGACUACGGGAAAACGUUUUGGAUUCCGUCUCAAGUCGAACCGACAGUUGCUAUGAUUGGUACAUCUUUACCGGCUCUGUUGCAAUUAUAUGCAUCGGCUUCGCUUCAAUUUUCCAAGAUAUGUAGCCAUCACGACAGGAAGAGGGUCCAGCAGUGGUGGCUAAAGUGUAUCCGGCAAAGACAGUCUGAGAUAUAG